UUGAAUUACAUAUUUGACCGACUUUUACAAUCUCUCUGGGAUUACGUUCUUAUCUAUGUUAUACAGACCUGAAAGAUGGGACAAACGUUCCGUUUGUUGUCAAUUUUAUUGUUGAUCCAUUGCGUCUUUGGGGAUGACGAUGGAGACAAACACUGUCCAGCAUUGUUUGACCAGUAUGACGCUGACCACCAGCAUGGCCUAGACAAAGCAGAAUUUAAAAAUAUUUUUUUGCCAACAUUUGAUACAGAGUUUCCAGCUGACGGCCAGCUGUCACGUGACGAGGUUGUGAACGGCUGGAGGAAUGGAUAUUGCGACUUCCGGGAUACGAGAGAUGGACUGCUGAUAUUUUUAGAGACCGAUGUGGACAGAGACAUGUUUGUUACAGAGACAGAUCUAGAUCAUAUAUUUGCUGGAUUCGACAAAGAUCACAAUGGAUAUGUGUCCCCAAAUGAGUUCCGGGACGGGUGGAAUGCUAGAUAUGGCCGAGACACAUUGAACUCGAUCGUCCAUCACCACUAA